AUGUAUUCUGCUAAUGUUAUAAAUGAUGGCGAUUUUACUAAAACAAUAUACAAUUUGAUAAAAGACAACCGUUUCAACGAAGCCAUAAAAGUGUUGCAUGGAAUACCAGAAUCAAAUUCAUCAAGAGCGGGCUUAUCAUUAUUGGCCUAUUGUUACUUUUACAUACAAGAUUUCAAUAGUGCGGCCAAUUAUUACGAACAGUUGACGGAGAUUUAUCCAGACAAUGACGAUUAUAAGCUUUACUACGCUCAGACACUGUAUCAGGCCUGCUUAUUCGACGAGGCUUAUCAAAUCAGCAAUAAAUUAGUCAAUAACGAAGAUUACAAAGGUGUCGUCACAAAAUUACAAGCUGCGAUUAAAUACAGUCAGGAGGACGUAUUAUCUGCGAAAAAUCUCAUUGAUAAAUGUCCUUCUGAUGACCCCGAUAAAGAUGUUAAUUCAGGAUGUCUCCUGUAUAAGGAUGGAAAUUAUGAAGCGGCUUUGGCCAAAUUCCAAAGCAACAUCCAAAAUCAAGGGUUUAAACCAUAUUUGGCAUAUAACAUAGCCUUAUGCUACUAUCGAAUGAAGGAAUAUGGACCAGCUCUAAAAUAUUGCGCCGACAUAAUAGAAAAGGGUAUAAGAGACCAUCCCGAAUUAAGUAUAGGAAUGCAAACUGAAGGUAUCGAAGUACGGUCGGUCGGUAACACUUUAACGCUACACGAAACUUCGUUAACCGAAGCCUUCAACUUAAAAGCAGCGAUUGAAUAUCAAUUAAAAAAUAUGGACUCCGCGAGAGAAGCUUUAACAGAUAUGCCACCAAGAGCGGAAUACGAAUUGGACGCCGUCACUCUGCACAACCAGGCGUUGAUGAAUUUUGAACAAAAUCCCACUGAAGGAUUCGAAAAAUUACAAUUCCUGUUGCAGCAAAAUCCCUUUCCGCCUGAAACGUUCGCAAAUCUGUUACUGUUGUAUUGUCAACAUGAAUAUUAUGAUUUGGCCGCCGAUAUCCUCGCCGAAAACGCGCAUCUUACCUACAAAUAUCUUACUACGUACAUGUAUGAUUUUUUGGAUGCGAUAAUUACGGCACAAACGUCUCCCAGUGAGGCUUACCAAAAACUUGAUGAACUUGGAAGCAGACACACUGAACUGUUAAGGAAAUUGACCAAGCAAGUGCAGGAACAUAGGACGCACAACGAUACGGAAAUGGUGAAGAAAACUGUUAUGGAAUACGAAGAAUGUUUAGAAAGAUACAUUCCUGUAUUAAUGGCCCAAGCUAAAAUAUACUGGGAUCUGGAGAAUUACCCUCAAGUAGAGAAAAUAUUUAGGAAGAGCGUAGAAUUUUGCAACGAUAAUGACAUCUGGAGAUUGAAUGUUGCCCACGUCCUGUUUAUGCAAGAAAAUAAGUUUAAGGAAGCGACAGGGUUUUAUGAACCCUUAGUAAAAAAGAGUGAUAAUGACAUAUUAAGUGUGAACGCCAUUGUGCUGGCUAAUCUAUGCGUUUCUUAUAUAAUGACGUCCCAAAAUGAAGAAGCUGAAGAGCUGAUGAGGAAAAUAGAAAAAGAAGAGGAUCAGAUGUCUUUUGAGGAGCCGGAAAAAAAAUAUUUUCAUCACUGUAUCGUUAACCUUGUCAUUGGUACCUUAUAUUGUUCGAAAGGAAACUAUGAGUUUGGUAUAUCAAGAGUGAUGAAGUCACUAGAACCGUACAAUAAAAAACUAGGAACUGACACAUGGUUUUAUACAAAGAGAUGCUUUUUAAGUCUUGUGGAAAAUUUAGCCAAGCACAUGAUCGUUUUGAGAGAUGCAGUUAUACAAGAAUGCAUUUCUUUUUUGGAAAGUUGUGAAGUUCAUGGCAAAACCGUUCGAACUGUGGCAUAUUCAUCUUUAUCCGAAGAAAAUGAGAGUGCAAAUGGCAAGGAAACGGUCACUUACGAAGCUAGAAAAAUAAAAUGUCUACUUAUGAAACUACAAACGUAUUAAUAUUUAUUUGUUGUUAAAUGUUUUGAUAAAAUAAUAAAGUUUAUAAAUUCUAAU